AUGACGAAGAUGGUGGGCCUGGUCGUGGGCUUAGCCAUGUUGGGCUGUAGUCUGCAGGUAGCCCGGGUCGGGGCGUCCGACCCGGAUUUUGUCCCUCUAUUUGUCUUCGGCGGUACGUUUGUGGACAGUGGGAACAACAAUUACUUGGACACGACAGUGAAAGCAGACGCGCCGCCUUACGGGAUCGAUUCUCCAACCGGCCGCCCCACCGGCCGUUUCUCUAAUAACCGCAACAUACCCGAUUUCAUUAGUCAAGCACUUAAGCUGCCGGAGCCACCAACGCCAUACUUGAGCCCACAACUUUCCGGGGAACGGCUGCUUUACGGUUGCAACUUCGCUUCCGCCGGAGCCGGGAUCUUGAAUGACACCGGACUUCGUCUGGGCAACAUAAUAACGAUCCCCAAGCAAUUGCAAGCCUUCCCUCAAUACAAGAACAAGCUGGGGGCGCAAGUCGCCGGAGGAAGAGAACAAGCUGAGCGACUAGUCAACAACGGAGUGUUCCUCCUCUCCAUCGUCUCCGACGAUUUCGUCAACAACUAUUACUCGCCACCUUUCUCGUCCCGCGCCAGCCAGUACACCAUCGUCGAAUUCAUCGAACUCCUGAUCUCCGAGCUAUCCAAAAUCCUGCUGAGGCUGAACGAGCUGGGGGCUCGCCGUUUGCUGGUGUUCGGGUCCGGCGAGUUCGGGUGCUGGCCGGCGCUUUUGGCAAUCAGGGGAACCGCCGACGGGGAGUACUGCGAUGCCGAGCUCCUCAACGCGGCGUCUCUCUUCAACACCCGGUUGAACCGGUUGGUUCAGCAGCUGAACGGCCGACUCGGUUACGUUUUCGUCACCGCUGCCAAUGCCGUUACGAUUUCCAACGCGAUCCGCAACAAUCCUGGGGCUUACGGGUUUACGGAGGCGAGGGUGGCUUGUUGCGGGCAGGGUCCUUAUAACGGAUUAGGGCAAUGCACUCCAGCGUCGAAUCUGUGUCCGAACCGGGAUGAGUAUGUGUUUUGGGAUUCCACCAAUCCAACCGACAAGGCUGAGGGGUUAUUUGUGGAAGGCAUCUUGAGUGGUCCUGCAGACGUUGUCUUCCCAAUCAACCUCAAUACCAUGCUCGCCAUGGAACACGAGAGCUAA